GCUGCCCGCGUGGUGUCCCUCCUGGGCCUGACCCGCCCCGCGGAUGCUGGAACGCGGCUGGAUGCCACCUGCCUCUUCCAGCAGCGGGCGGAGGUGGGUGGAGCCGAGGUGGCCCUUGGAGCCGCCGCGCCGCUGCCCCUCGGGGAAGAGCAUCCCGCCAGGGGGCCCACCGUGUCGCACAGGGCUCCCAGCGCGGCCAUCGCGCUCAUGGCGGUGAACGAGACGGGCGCUGCUGCACACAACGCUUCUGGGCGGAAAAAGCAACUUGCAGGGCAAGGGCUUAGUGUGCUUAGUACUGGAAGCAACGUCGUGCGCAACGACGGCGAUUUGGAGUGGCCGAACCGAAAUAACAGGGAAAGAGAAAUGGUCAAGGCCGUGUACGGGACGCUCUCUUGGGGAGAAUUUCCCGGCUGGGCGGGCGGUGACGACGCGGAGCGGGGCAUCACCCGCGAGGACGUCGAUCUGACGCCGUACACCAUGUGGAACUCCGCCGUCUUUCCGCAGGUUCCGCAGAAGAAUGACGGCGACGAGGGCUUGCGCUUUUUCAAGGCCGCGCCCGUCGGAGCUUGGAUGUUCCUCCUCGGUGUCUGCGUUACCCUCUGUCUCCUGGACUACUUCGUGAUGAGCACGUUCAACUGGCACAUGGCCGCCAUCGGCAUUUGGUUCUUGGCAGCCGUGGGCUUCAACCUGGUCGUCUUGGCGAUCGAGGGCGAGCAGCAGGCGCCACGGGGCCUUGACCAUCACCGGGAGCACGGGCAUCGGGGCACGCGGGGUACGGCUUGGCACGGGGUCAGCGUGAAACGCGUGGCCGUCGACCCCGGCCAGCGUGCGCUCCCGCGCGCGCACGCCUGCAGCGGGGCGCCAAACAGAUUUGAGUUUGCAGGCCUGCCGCGACCAUACCUGCAGAUCCUGCGGCCGGCUGGUCACCAGCAGGCCAGGGCCACCGAGAGCACGAGGGGGUCCUCGAGCAUCGAAGACUGCUGCAGACACCGGAAGCACCCUGGAAUGACCGGGUUGGGAGACAUCAUCAGGGGGUGCGGCUCCUCGAUGGAAGAUUUCCGUCAGGGACUCGUAGACACUGACGGCCAGCCCAUGGAUUCCUGCAAGGACUACCUGACUGCCGCUGAAGGUACCUGGAUCUCCGACAGCACGCGCCAGAUGGUCGCUCAGAAUAGACUUCAGGGGUACAUCAAAGGCGCCAACAUGGGCUGGUACUGCGCUGGCUGCUGGAUACGGCACCUCGAGGACAAUGGCUUCCCUACGCAGUUCGAUGACCUCCUCAUGGAACCGACGGGCAUGAAGAUCCCCGAGUGUGCCAAUACCACCAUUCCGGUCCACCGGAUCCGGGACGACCGAUUCGGCAUCAAAGCCGCUCAAACGCGGACCUACUCCGCGCGGUGCGACACCUGCCCCCAGGGGGCUCGAGCGCCGCCGAUCGAGCGCGCGCUCAGGAGCGCCGUGCACGCGGGCGCAUGGCGAGCCCCGCCAGCGGCGCAGGGCGAUCGAAGCAGGGACAUUAAGGACGAUACGUGCUCGCAGCUUCCGUACCCCAAUGACAGGGACGACGAGAACGAGAUCACGCAGGAGAGCCUGAAGGCUAUGUUGGCGAAGCACGACCGUGACGAUGAUGAUGAUCUCGAGCCCGCAGACCGUGAUGAUGAUGAAAAGAUCGUGAUGAUGAUGAAGUCGAGCAGCUUGCGCCCCAUCCAGAAGAUCGUGCUGAUGAUGAUGAAGUCGAGCAGCAGGAGAAAGUUCGUGCAGCGGGACGGCGGCGCCGCCGCGCGCCCGACGGCGGCGCAGAAGUUCGAGCGCCUCAAGGUCGUCAAGGAGGAGCAGCUCUUCCUGCCAGUGGUGAAGCGGCCUGCGCAGGCGAAGCAGAUGGCGCAGAUGAUGGCGCAGGCGAAGCAGAUGGCGCAGGCGAAGCAGGCGGCGCAGGUGGCGCAUGCGAAGCAGAUGGCGAAGCAGAUGGCGCAGGUGAAGCAGAUGGCGGCGCAGGCGAAGCAGAUGGCGCAGGCGAAGCAGAUGGCGCAGGCGAAGCAGAUGGCGCAGGUGAAGCAGAUGGCGCAGGUGAAGCAGAUGGCCAAGGCGAAGCAGAUGGCGCAGGCGAAGCAGGCCCAGGCGAAGAUGGCGACAAUGAAACGGCCUGCUGCCUCGCCGCUGAAGCGGCCUGCAGCCGCGGUGCAGAGCGUGGCCGCGGAGGUCGAGGAGCUCGGCGAGGAGAACGGCGACGCCGAGGAGGACGAGGACGGCGCGGAGGCGAUCGUCGACGAGGACGGCGCGGAGGCGGUCGACGCUGAGGAGCCCGAGGACGGCGCGGAGGCGAUCGUCGAGGACGGCGCGGAGGCGAUCGUCGAGGACGGCGCGGAGAUGAUCGUCGACGCCGAGGAGCCCGAGGACGGCGCGGAGGCGAUCGUCGCCGUCGACGGCGCGGAGGCGAUCGACGCCAAGCCCGAGGACGGCGUGGAGACGGUCGACGGCGCGGAGGCCAUCGACGUCGAGGAUUCCGCGCAUGACGCAGGCGAGCCUGUGCUCUACUCUGGGCCCUUCACUUACGAGGCAGAGCUCGGCGUCACGUACUUUGUCAGUUACAGGAGGAGGGCGAGCGAGAAGAUCGGCUGCGUGUACUACAAGGUAGCAGGCACGAAGGAUCCCGCGUUCCAGCUGGUCAGCGUGAAAGACAAGGAUUGGACCUCCACCGACCUUGACGAUGCAGCGAGGGCGGACCUGUGGAACAUCGUGAUCCUGGACGGAGCAGCGGCUUGGAUCUACAUCAACCCGCACUACGUCGACAAGCUCUGGCGGACGACGCAGCGGAGAAGUGCCGUACCCACGCUCCGCGGGGCCGCCAGGGCGUCGGACGCUGCGAAAGCGAAGCGGAAGCUCGACGCUGAACAUGAGAAUGCGCUGCAACGCCUGCGGGGCCUCGGGAUCCCGUGCGCCCUCGAGGGGCCUGAAUAUAUUAAAAUCCACCCCAGCUACCGCGCGGGGAAGACGAGCAAGCAACUGAAAGACGAGUACGACCAGCUGUCCCAGUCCAAAAAGCGGCACUGGCUGAGACGCUGGCAGGAGACAGGCAACUUCGAGUUCGUCGAGAUGGAGAAAGUUGAGAGCCAGAAGCAGCAGAUCAGUUCUGGCCAGGAGUCGACCUGGUACACGCGCGACGGCCUCCUCACCCUCUACAAUUUCAACUGGAACGAGCCCGACAGCCUCACGGACCUGCAGCGCGGGGAGGAAGUGUACAAGCGUGUGGAGAGGACCGAGUCGCAGGAUCCUGCGGAGGUCGAGGGGUGA